ACGCCCACCUCGGAGGUGACGUGUCUAACAUAAGGAAGUCAGCUAUCGCUAAAGAACCGCGGAGAUUCAAAACCUCAAGAGGAGUAGCUGUUCACAAUCAAAAACAGUAUGAGUGGACGAGAAGAAUCUCUGCCUAAAAGGCAGCGGGAACUAGAGAUCUCUGAGAGUGAGUCAGAUAAUGAGAUCAAAAGGCGCCGCCUGGUUCCAGUCGAAAAGGAAAACCAAAACCCUGUGUCAGCCCGACCAAAGUCUCCCAGAACAUCCCCACCCAGGCCAUGCAUGCGACUAAUGGAACAGGACCUGAAACCCGACACCCCUGCCUUCCCCUCCAUCCGCUCUCGGCUCCAGAUGUUACAUCAGAAAAGCACAGGAACGGAACAGAGCACACCUGCUGCCCUCAUCACCACACCACGCACCCCUUCCAGUUUUGUCCUGAAUGCCCAUCAGAAACUCCAGGACUCGGCGAGGCCUAGCACCUCACAGGCCGCCAUCAUUCGCCAGCAACGGGCGGAGGAGAUGCGCAUCCUGAACACCAUCCAACCUGUCGCUGCCAGUGCUUGGCAGAAAGGGUGGAACUCAGAACCAGCCCCGUCCAAGAAGGCUGUUGCACGACGCCCUGCCAGACACACAGUCGUCUGGCCCCCGUUCCAACACCCGAAUGACCCGGCAGGCGUGGACAUGUCCAUGUCGUUUGCCUCCUCUGAUGGCAAUGUGAGUCUGGCUCCCAUGAAUCUCUCCCAGGAGGAAGUGGCCAUAUAUGGUGAACCAUGCGCCACAUCUCGGGCGGAAGCGGUGGUGAGCAGCACCCCCAGAGGGAUGAGCACCUCAGCCUUUCUGGACGAAAUCUUCAAGGACGCGCUGGAGGCCGCUCACCUUGAGGAGGAGGAGGAGGAGGAAGAGGAGAGGGAGAAGGGAGAGAGUGAACAGAUGGAGAAGAGAGAGAAAGAGGAUAGAGGAACCAGCGCAUCUAAUGGUUCUGUGAAAAAAGAAGCAGUAGCAGAAGAAGAAGAAGAGAAAACAGAAAAAAAGGAGGAGAAGAUGAAGGAUGUGGAUACAAAUGAAGAUCAGGAGGAGAAGGGGGGAAAGAAAGAAGAGAUGGAAAAGGAGAUAAAGAAGGAGGUGAUAGGGCAGGAGGAGGAGGAGAACCCGAAACGGGAGAUGGGGGAAGAGAACGAAGAAGGCGAGGGAGAUGGAAAGAUGGAGGAAGGAGAGAAAGCAGCGGAAGGGCAGAACAAGAGGGGUAACCCUGAGAGCCCCUCAGAUGAAAGUGAGGACGAGCUGCUUAAACUGCCCCCCAGCUGCAUCCUGUCACCCCUCAGUGAGUCCGUGGACAGGGUGGUCACUCCUCUGCGCCUGGCAGCUGCUGCCUCCGUCUCUGACCGUUUGUCUUUCCAGCUCACCUCCGAAGGACUGAAGACGCCCACAGAAACCCGGCCUCUCUACAGCAUUGAUGCAUACCGCUCCCAGAGUCGCAGCGGCCAGAAGGGCAUGCAGAGUGUCACACCGUGGAGGCGGGCCCCAGAAAAGCCCCGCCCACAGCCAUUGUUAAACACCAAGGAGAAGAUUAAGGCAUUGAAGGAAGACGCUGCGAGGCUGCAGACGGUGAUCUCCCAGACGCUGCAGGCGCUAAACUGCUGUGUGGACGAGCAGCACGGCAAAGGAUCAGUGGAGGAGGCCGAGGCAGAGAGACUACUGCUCAUCUCCAGUGAGAAGCGCGAGGCCCUGUUGGCUGAGAUCGUCCGGCUGGAGGGUGAUCCGGAGGGGAGGGAGGCGGACGCCGGCGCCCCCCCUCUGCAACCCUGCAGGGGCUCCAUCAACAUCAGCGAGGUGCACCUCCCCCUCAAGGUGGACUUUGUGUGCUCUGCUCGCAACGCUGGUCGGCCCACUCACUUCUUCUUCAUGCUCUUUCGAUACGGCCCCACCAACGUCAUGGCAACGCCCCUCGCCACAGCCGCUGAUGCUGACGGAGACACCAUCUCCUUCCCUGCCCUCAUCAACCUACACAACAUCCGCUCCAGCUUUGAGAUUGAUGUGGAGGUCUACAGCAUGUCUGACACCCCAAACUCUUUCUGCGAAGACACCCAGCAGCUUCACCGCAAAAACACCAGACACACCAGACAUAGGGUCACCCCCAAGAAACUGCUCAACACCUUAAAGAGAUCCCACCAGACAGCAAAUGCUGCCGCCAUGCCAAGCAACCUGUAUGCCAGUCGGCCCAGCAAGUUCUCCCUGGUGGGGUGCCACAAGAUCACACUGGCCUCCCUGGGCCAGGACAAGUUCCCCCUGGACAAGAUGAAGCUUGAAGGCAAAAUCAGGAAACUGCUGGGUGAUGAGUUUCAGGACAAGGUGCCCUUCUUGUCUCCUCUGGAGGGAAACAUUCGCCUGCGCAUCCAGAGUGAGUUUCACUCCGAGGUUGAGCACCAUGGUUUCCUGACCAUGUUUAAGGACAUAAAGGGACUGGGGGCCUGGCAUCGGCUCUUCUUCGAGCUGAAGGAAGACUGUCUUUACUACUGGAACCAUCCCAACGAGAGGGACAACAAGCCUGAAGAGGGCAGCAUCCCCCUCUCCGACUUCAAGAGCCAGUCUGUGAGGCCGGUCAAGAUGGACUCCUGUGCCAGGCCCUUCACCUUUGAGCUGGUGAGCCGGACGCAGCAGGAAGAGGACACGCCCUCGCUUACCAAGCGCUGGUUUGCGGCUGACACCCAGGAAGAGCGUAAGGUGUGGAUGGACCGGCUGAACCAGGCCCUGAUGGACCUCCACACCUGGACCCCACUGGCACCAGCUCAGGACGCAGCCCACAACAGGAGCACACAGUCCUGCGGGAGCAACAGGGACAGCGCGUUGUAGCCGCCCCAACACACACACACACACACACACACACACCUCACCUCACCUCACCACACCACACACACACACUAUGGAGGUAACAAUGUAUUGACUGUGUUGCGAAGAUUUAAAAAACAUAAAUACACGCUAUAGAAAGGAACACUAAAAUAAUAUAUAUGAAGAAUACUACAGAAGGGAAUAAACUAAAUGGGAAUGGGGAAUACAUGCAUGAAUAUGUAGUGCAGUGUUUCACCGUCUCGUGCGCACUUCAUUGGUAUUGUAGAGCUACAAUACAGGAAGGACUAGUACUAUAGGGCCAACUGAUUGAGACGAUGAAGGUUUACUCACUGACUGGUAGAUUUUGGGCAAUUUAAGAGGCCUUAAGAUUCAUUCAGCUCUAAACUACAGCCAGUGGAACCUAGAACUCAAGGAAGAGGAAGUGACUUCAUAAAAUUAAUAAUAAUAUUACUUAUCAAAAAGGGUGACACUACAGUUUUGCCGGUUGUUGUUUUAGUAGGAGAGGGAAAGACUUCAUGAGAUUUAUAAAUUAUAAAUCAUGCAUAGUACAGUAUCUACCACGACAUAUGCAGAACAAAAAUGUGUAAUCUUCAGGAAACUGACAUUAAGGUGAAGCCAAAAUAAAUUGUAUGGUGCAAUUCUUUUCUAGGCAAAAUGUUAAAUGCCUCGUUUCAUUUUCAUCAGCUUUCCUGCCUUUAUCUUUCCUUUAUACUUGGUAGUAUUUGCUGCUGUAGGCCAGGUUAGACGCCAUUUAACAUGAAUGUAGUUUUUACCUAUGGGACAAAUUCAACUGGACCUAGAGACUGUUUAGUUUUCCGUCUUUGUAGAUCAGAAUGUUUGAUUUUGUAUCAGAUAGAUACAACAGUAUAGAAGCGCUACAUCUUUGGGAGAGGACAUAAUUGCCAAGCUGAUAAACACUUUAUGUUAUGUACCCACUUAUAUCUCUGUAAUCUGAUGUUUAGUUUUAGACAGGGAGUGGUGGGCUUUAUGAAGGGAGAAGUCUGCCGUCUUCAGGAUGGACCUUCCAGGUCUCUGUAUUUAAUGUCAGUGAGACUCUAUAGUCUACAUCUAUUCUGUCUGUCAGAUAUCUGUGUUAUAUUCAUGUUCAAUUAAACUCUUAUCCAGUCAAGGCUGAACUUUUUA